CCAAGAGAAGAAAUCCUGAGAUUUCUCAUGCAGAGAAGGAGGUUCUGCAGGAACAAGUGGCCCAGCUCCAAAGUGAAAACCUUUCACUCCGUCAGAAGCUGGAAGGCGUGCAGAAGACCACUCAGGAAAGACUGAGAACAGCCGGACAGCUGCAACGAGAACUUGCUGAGGCUGUCGGAAAGCAGCAGCUUGCAGAAGCAUCCCUGAAAACUUACGCCGACUUCUGCGACACACUGAAGAAAGAAAACUCCAAAUUGCAACAGGACUUGGACAAGGCUAAUGCCAAGGUGCGUGACCUUUCUGCACGGCUGGAGGUGGAACUCUCAAAGUCGCUGCUGCAAGAAAGGGCAAAUAAGGGGCUAAAAGUGAAGGUGGCUGUUCUCCAGCAUCGCUUGGAGGCUGCAGUGGCAGAUUAUAACGCAUUGGUGCAGAGUGAAAUGCAGCAUCAAGGAAAAACGCAAGAGGAACUUGCCAAGAGUUUCAGAAAGCAGCAGAAUUCAGAAACAUCUCUGAAGCACUCUGAAGAUUACUGCUGUUACCUGGAGAAUGGCAUCUUGAUACUGAAUGAAGACUCGGACAAGCCUAAUGCCAAGGUGCUUGAGCUUUCCGCACAGCUGGAGGUGGAACGCCAAAAGUCCCUGCGGCUAGAAGGGGCAAAUCAGGAGCUGCGAGAGCUGUUUCUCCAGUGUCGCCCACAGACCACUGCAGCAGGUUAUAGCCCAUUCUCACAGAAUGGAAGAUGGCACGAAGAGCGAGCCCAAAAAGAAAUGGGACAGAAGCAAGGGCCCGGCCUCCCUUUUCCAGCAGCUUCUCAAAGCAGACUAGAGGAGACCAAUGCCAAAGAAGCAAUGCUUAGAAAGCAGCAGGAGCAGCGAACUGCAGCUCUGACAUCAGAAAUGGACAGAACCCAAAGCACGCAUCAGGCAAGGCGGCAAAUAGCAGACUGUGGAGAAGAACUAGACCUGUCAGAAAAACCAUUCCCAAUGGAUGAGAACAUUAGAAGAGGCCUUGCAAAGAUAUCAGACAAACCCAAUGAGAUGCUACCAGUGGGCAAGGACAAAGGCCUCAGGAAGACCCACAAAGAAACUUCUCUGUUGCGUGGCCAACAACUCGGAGCAACACCAAGAAAAAACAGACCUGCAUUACAUGCAUUCACUGGUGAUCGUGAAACCAGGCCUGCUGCAACCUCCUCAGAAAUGAAAAUGAAACAAAAAUGAAUGAAUUCCGGAAUGCAAGGCCACGCAGCCAUAUGACAAUGCCUUAAGCAAAAAUUUUUAAACUGAAAUAAAUACAUAUGACAGAUUGUGAAAGGGGUUUUCUCAUUUUUAAGCCACAACCCUCCAUGCUGAGGGGUCAAGGUUUCAUUUGAAAGAUGCAGUCCCAUUUCAGGGUCCAAAACUUCAUUUUUAGAAUAACUGAUAAUUCCUUAGUUUUAGUAGUUACCUUCUUGGUUGCUGGUUGUUCCGACUGUAGUCUCAGCCACAUUCCCAUGAAGAUGUUUCCUCGGGAAUGAGGUGGAGCAUAGCUCCUCUCCUUGGUAGCUCCUUGUGACAGUGUGUUUCCACCCCCCCACCUUCCUCUUCUUGCCUGGCUGUUACACUCAAGGCUGCCUUCUGGCAUAUAAUGAGCACAGGACUGGUUACACUCAAGGCCUCACUAAGACAGAUAGCGGCCACCAUACUGGCCAGUCCCUGACUAGAGUUGGCUCUGAUGCAACGUGGGCAGAGCCAAAAGGGACAGCGUAAUCUCCCUGCGCAUUCAAAGGCAGCCUGUAAAUAGCACAAGCAACCAUUACUGGUACACAGGGCAUGGUGUGGCAGUUGGCACGGCAGCCGGAUCAGGGAGGCGAGCACCCUGCAAGCUAGAGAGGUAAAUUCAGUAGGUGAUUAUCGCCCACUGUGUUCAGGGUCACCAUCCUCUAAGUCCAGGAUUGUCGUCCUCCCAGAGCAGAGACCCCACUAACAAUACCUACCCCAUGGUGAGCUAGGGCAUCUGAACCCAUCAGGAAGGAUGCAGAAACACAGACUGAAUUCCAAGGCAGACACGUGGCUGCUCGAGCCUCUGCACAGAAUGCCUGAGCCUUUCAUUUGCAUCCUGUGGCAGCAGCAAGGAGAGCUGUGUGAGGUGCGAGCAGGUGGAUGAUCUGCUCAGCCUGCUUGCAAGGUUACAUGAUGAAAUAAAUGGGUUUGAAAGUGUCAUGGGGGGCAAAAAAGAGAAGGAGCAGAGGAACCCCACACUGCCCUCCUACAGACAGGUUUUACCCCAAGAGAAAACACAAGAUCCAAGGCAGCCUGUAUCCUCUCACUGCCAGGCUGAAGGCAAGAACUCAAAGGAAAGCAACAAAUGGAGGCAUGUGCACGCUCUGAUCUCUCUGCGCUGUAGUGACCAUGCAACGGUGCAGUUUUGAUCCUGAGGGAUAUGGGACAGACAAAGAGUAAAAUCAGGGUGCUAAAUUUUAAGAAAGCCAACUUCCAGCUCUUCGGGGAGUUAAUCAACAAAACCCCCUGAGAAUCUGUUCUCAAGGACAAGGGAGGGCGGCAGAGCUGGCAGAUCUUUAAGGAAGCUGUCCGUAUGGCACAAGAGCCAUCCGCGCUGGAGGAAGUCAGGGAAGGAAAGCAAGAAAACAACAUGCCUGAACUGGGGCCUGCUGGUCAAACCGGAGAGCAAGAAGAAAAUUCACAGGCAAUGAAAGCAGGGACAGGUAACCUGGGAGAGCGUAGGGAUGAUGCGCCCGCGCGCCAGGAACGCGUGGCUGCGGGGCCCGAGGCCCUGCGGCGGGGGGGGAAGCGGC